CCGACUGAAGAUUAUUUCUGAACUGGAAAAUCGUAAAAAUAACUUUAAAGGCGACUUAUUACUAACUAGAAUGAUUGCUGUCCUCGCUUUGUGUUGCUUCCAUACGAUCUACGCGUAUGGAGAGGGAGGUGAGGUACGCCGAGGCACGCCGCUCUCCGGGACGCUGAGCUCCGUCGGUGGAGGCGGGGAGCACGCGCCGCCCAUCUACCGGCCCGGCUCGCAGGCAUAUGUCGUUUCACAAUUCGUCAAACCAAAACCACCCCACCAAUAUUGGGAAGAGGAAACAUCACAGUCUCUGGUCCCGGAAAACCGUAACUGCUUGCUCUGUGAGACGCAAGACUCGGGGGCUUGUCGAGCGAUGCCAUCCUGUGUUUACUGCGAGCCGACUGUCACUGCGCUUUGCGAGAGAAGUACUCCGUGCUUGCGAUGCACAGUGAUAAAGAAUCCGUUCUUCAAAUGCAUCCCCGGUGAGAAGUACAUGGACGAGUGCGACUCCUGUCGCUGUACAGACGGCCACGGGGGCUGGUGCACGAACCAAUACUGCGAAUUCCGCUCCCUACAUCUGUACGCCCUGAAGUUGUCUGAUGGAGAGUUCUAUUAAAGCUGUUUUUGUA